AUGGCGGCUCCGUUUCAUAGAUCCUACUCCGACGAGAAUCGCAUCGUCUCGCCGACCACUGCACCGCUGACACGUGGAGCAUCAGUAGGAGGAGCAGUCGGAGGAGCAGGAGCAUCGGUCCCUGCAGGCGCCGUUGCACCAGUGCGUGUAGCUCACGGUCCUGUCUAUCCCACUCCGGGUGGGUAUGCUACUCACGGGGAUGGGAACUCUGGGGGCUCGCGGGGGUCCCUGGGGAGCGGAGGUGGCAGCGCCAGGGCGCUUUCGAGAUCCAGCAGCGGGGCAGUUAAUAACGCGGAUGGAAUGGGUAAUACUAACGGAGAUGGGGGGAGCGGGAGGAGGCUAAGGCGCGUGGAAAGCGGGGAGGGGAGCGGGAAGCAGCACUGGUCCGGUACGAGCAGCAGCGCCCUGUCUGCUUAUAACGAAACGCCUCGUGCCUGGGGGAGCCACGUGUCCGGCGCUGGUGACAAUAGCGGGGGCGCGAUUCUCGAGCUAGGUGACUAUAACGACCAGGUCCCCCCAUCUCCGUUCCCAGACCCUAUAAAGGAAGAGGAAGCUUCCGUGGAAGGCAGGAAUGUUCCAAUGCCGGAUGUGACUCUAGAGGAGGAGCUUUCAGAGUCUCUAAUGCCGCUCAAGUGGGUGUUCUUCCCAGAAGCAGACCCCGUUCAGCAGUUUCGCGGAAAGCCGUGGCGGGAGAAGAUCUGGGUGUUUCUCAAGGGCGUGUUCCCAAUCCUCGCGUGGCUGCCUGAGUACGACUGGCGGUACUACCUCCUGGGUGACAUUAUCGGGGGCGUGUCAAUCGCCAUCAUGUCUGUUCCCCAGGACGUUUCAUACGCUAAGUACGCCAACCUCCCUGCCGAGUUCGCUCUCCGCACCAGUUUCAUCCCGCCGCUCCUCUACGCCAUACAGGGCUCCUCCAAGCACCUCGUCAUAGCGCCCGUCUCAGUGGUCUCUCAGCUGCUCGGCACGUCCCUCAGUGCAAUAGUCGACCCCAUCACCGACCCGGCGCUCUACACCAGCCUUGCAGUCACCGCCACCUUCUUCUGCGGCCUCUUCCAACUCAUCAUGGGGCUCUGCCGGUUCGGCUUCCUGGUGGAUUUCCUGAACCAGCCGACCAUCGUGGGGUUCCUAUCGGGGUGCUCUCUCACCAUCGCCAUCCAGCAGCUGAAGCUCAUCCUGGGGUACAAGGACUUCACGCUCAGCACCAGCAUCGUCAACAUUAUUGCCGCCAUCGUGCAGUACAGCUACCAGUUCCAAUGGAAGGCGUUCGUCAUGGGCACGGCCUUCUUCCUCUACCUCUCCACCGUGCGCCUGCUGGUGUAUCUGAAGCCCAAGAACAAAGCCUUCUACUACCUCAACGCGCUCGGCCCGCUCACAUCCAUCGUCGUCUCAACCAUCAUUGUGGCCGUUGCCGGGCUGGCAGACAAGGGUAUUCCCACGAUAGGAAAGAUAUCCACAGGGCUGCACGGGGCCUCCUCCAUCUCCUACCUCAACUUCUCAAAAGACAACGUCGCUGAUGUGGCCACUGUGGGCUUCAUCGCCUGCCUUGUCUCCCUCGCAGAGUCAGUGGGAAUUGCCCGUACUUUCGCCAGCCUGUAUGGUUACCACCUCGAUGGUAACAAGGAGUUUGCUUACCCCACAUUCCCCACCCCACCCCCCCUCCCUUCCUCUCACUCCCCCUUCCUUGCGUUUCAGAUGGUGGCGUUUGGUUCAAUGAACCUGGUCGGCUCCUUCACCUCCUGCUACGUGGCAGCAGGUGAGGCAGAACAGAUCCUUCUCCCGCCCUGCAGUCAACAUGCUAGCGGGCGCCAAGAGAGCGCUCAUUCAAGUGACCUACUAUGCAUCCCUCUCUUCCACCCCUUUCGCUUAUCCAACCAGGCUCUUUCUCCUUCGUCCCCCCCUCUUCCCCCUCUUUCCCCUCUUCCCCUUCUUUCCCCCCUUCCCCCUCUUUCCCCUCUUCCCCCUCUUUUCUUCCCUCGACCAGGCUCCUUCUCCCGUACGGCAGUCAACAUGUUAGCAGGCGCGAAGACAGCGCUGACGCAAGUCAUCAUGGCGCUGCUCAUUCUGCUCGUGCUUCUCGUCGCUGCCCCACUCUUCAAAAACGUCCCCAAUGUGCGUGAUAUGACAAGGACGCUCCUUUCUUCCCUGGUCUUGCAUGAACAAACGGCCUUGAUUGUGCUUGUGCCCCUCAUGCUGCUUGUGUUGCUGGUCGCUGCCACGCUUAGCAACAGCGUUCCCAAUGUGGGUCAUGUGCUCUACAAUGCUGCUCAUGCUGCUCAUGCUGCUUGUCACAGCCCCGCUUUUCAACAACGUCCCAAAUGUGCGCCAUAUGACAAGAAUGCUCCUUGCCUCCCUGUGCUGCUCAUGCUGCCCGUACGUGGGGCUUCCUCGCCAUCCUCUUCGCUCAUUCUUUCCACUUCUCCCUCCUCUCCCCUUUCCCUCCCCACCUCCUUCCCCUCUUCCCAGCUCGACUUCCAUGCAGCGUGGGCCCUGUGGAGGGUAGACAAGAUGGAUUUCCUGGUCAUGACGGGCUGCUUCCUCGCCAUCCUCUUCGCUCAUUCUCUCCGAUACUCCCUGCUCCCCCCGUCCUCCCACCUUCAACAGCUCGACUUCCAUGCAGCGUGGGCCCUGUGGAGGGUAGACAAGAUGGAUUUCCUGGUCAUGUCGGGCUGCUUCCUCGCCAUCCUCUUCGGUUCCCCCGAGAUCGGCCUUCUGGUCGCCAUCCUUCUCUCCAUCAUCAAAAUCCUCCUCCGCUCCCUCCGCCCGCACAUCCGCCUGCUCGGACUCCUCCCCAACGGCGCCGCUACAGCCGUGAGCGUGCUGCAGUUCCCCAACAGCGCGCUGUGCGAGGGGAUUGUGAUGCUGAGGGUGGAGAGCCCGUUGUACUUCCCCGGAGCUAACUUUGUGCGGCAGCGGGUGAAGAAGCUGUGUGAUGCUUAUGCGAGGGGUUACCAGCAGCCAGUGAAGCACUGUGUGUUGGACCUAUCAGUCAUGCAUGACAUUGACGUCACGGCCAUCGAAGCCAUGAGAGAUCUGCACCGCGACCUCACACAGAUGGGCAUUCAGCUGUGUCUGGCGAGUGCCAACAGGGACGUCCUUCGAAAGAUGUUUGACGCGCAGCUGUUAGCAGAGAUAGGCGAGCAGUGGCUCUUCGUCACUCCUGCCGAUGCCGUCAAGCUGUGCCGUGCCGUGGCUCUCUCCCAGCCGGCUGCGAAGGAGACAGAGGAGCUGUUGAACACUGUGCCGUCAUUUGAUAUCUAG